CUCAGGUUUAAAAGUAUAAAAAGACCCGGGGUAUCAUUGUGCUCUUACAUGAAACAAUGAUUAUCAUACUUCUCACAAUCAUUUUAUAUACCCCGCUGGGAAUUGCCCUGCACGUUUCUCAGCCUUAUCGGGUGGAAGGAAAAGCGGAAUAUGUCCCUCUACACUGCCUCUUCCGUUCAAAAUUAAGGCCAGAGGAAAUGCAGGUGUCUCUGUAUAGGGGUCUGCAUGGCCAAGAGAGGAUAUGUAGUGCAUAUGUCAACAUGUCUGAGCCCUACUUUACAACAGAUGGAACAGUUCAUUGCAGGGGGAAUAUAAGCUCUGGAAGAGUAGAUAUGGUCAUCUACGGACUCAAGGGGGAAGACACAGACAUCUAUCGCUGUGAGGUCGAGAUUCUGUAUCCACCUCCAUAUCUCAGUAAGGUUGGGAACGGCACUGUUGUUUACAUACAAGACACCCGAAACUGCUCCACGGCAUUCACGCAGGGUCAGAGUCACAGACAGAUUUCUGAGUGGUCGUCUGUGAGCAAUGACGCGGGUCCUCUUCCUCUGCUAUAUGCCAUUCUUAUCAUCACUUCCUGUAUCUUUAUUCUGCAGAUAAUGAAGAUGAUCUGGAAACGGAGGGACACUGGGUCCAUGGCACUUAUGGCUUCACAAAAAGACAGCUAUAGUAAAUUUUAGGGGAGUAUUCCCACCUGUACAGUCCACAUGUAUUCUAACAUGUAUUUUCACCUGCAUGUACUCACAUGUAAUGUCCACCUGCAUGUAUUCACAUGUACUUACAUGAAAUCUUACUUGCAUGUAUUAACAUGUUUUUAAUGAUAAUAUUGCAUAAUUUUCAUUUAUUUUUUAUGAAACAGUUUCUUAUUUAAGAGAAAUUCUAAUAUUAUUAUUCCAUUAAAAAUACAUUAUAUUUUAUAUUACACUGUAACCAACUUAUGAAUUUAAUGGUCUUUUUAUACUUUAGAUUUGUUUCAUACAAGUUUCAUUUUAAUAAUACUUUGUGGUUAUAUCACAGUAUAAUUCAUUAGUUGUCAGACAUUGUAAUAUGGUAUUUUUUUGGAGAUGCCACACAUCCAUUUUCUCAUGCAUGGCAAUACCCACAUUUUUUAUGUGGUGUGUAAUAACUUUUUUGAAAUGAUUAUCUGUAGGGUUUGGUUGAAAUGUGUUUUAUUCUGCACUAAACAUGUCAAUUUGUUUUAAGGUUUAGGUUUUUUCCUUUUUACUUACCUAGUGAAUGUGUAUUUUCUUUUGGUUGUUUUGAAAAUCCAAUAAAUACAUCAUAUAUAAAAAGUAUUUUGGUGCUGCAAACAGU